AUGAACCGCGGAUCAGGACCUCAGAACAUCUUUCGCACGCUCGAGCGUUUGCGACAGCAGGCUCAGCAGGCAUCGCAGCAAUUUGGUAAUGCAGGCAAGCCCGGCGGAAGCAGCGGCGGCAGCGGUGGCGGCGGACGUGGAGGUCCGCCCAACCUUGCCAACAUCCUCGGUGGUUCUGCCGGCAUCGUCGCGCUCGUAGCCCUCGGUUUCGGUGUCAACAUGUCGCUCUUUAACGUCGAUGGUGGUCAUCGAGCCAUCAAGUACUCGCGCCUAUCAGGUAUCAAGGACACCAUCUUCAACGAAGGUACUCACUUUAUGAUCCCCUGGUUCGAAAAGCCCAUCGACUACGACGUUCGUGCCAAGCCUCGCAGCAUCGCUUCGCUUACAGGUACAAAGGAUCUUCAGAUGGUAUCGCUCACCUGCCGUGUACUCUCUCGUCCACGCGUCGACGCUCUCCCCACCAUCUUCCGUGAGCUCGGCUCCGACUACGACGAGCGCGUGUUGCCGUCGAUCGUCAACGAGGUUCUCAAGUCGGUCGUGGCUCAAUUCAACGCUUCGCAACUCAUCACGCAGCGAGAGAUGGUCUCGAGGCUGGUACGAGACAACUUGACCGCACGCGCACAGCGCUUCAACCUCGUGCUCGACGAUGUGUCCAUCACCCACGUCUCCUUCUCGCCCGAAUUCACCCACGCCGUCGAAGCAAAGCAGAUCGCACAGCAGGCUGCGCUCCGUGCCGCCUUCUUGGUCGACCAGGCCAUCCAGGAGAAGGCCUCCAUCAUCGUCAGGGCACAGGGUGAGGCCAAAUCCGCCGAACUCAUCGGUGAAGCCGUCAAGAAGAACAAGGGCUUCCUCAAGCUUCGUAAGCUCGAAGCUGCUCGUGACAUUGCCACCAUUCUCUCGCAGGCCGGCUCCAACAACAAGGUGCUGCUCGACGCUGAUACACUGCUGCUCAACGUGGCCAACGAGGAUCCUUUGCAGUCGUAA